GGGCACAGGUGGGUGGCACUGGUGGGCACAGGUGGGUGGCACUGCUGGGAACAGGUGGGUGGCACUUCUGGGCACAGGUGUGUGACACUGCAGAGUGGCACAGGUGGGUGCACUGCUGGGAACAGGUGGGUGCACAGGUGGGCGGAGCUAGUGGGCGCACUGCUGGGCACAGGUGGGCGGAACUUGCGGGUGGCACUGCUGGGCACCGAUCAUCAGGGCACUGAUCAUCAGUGCCCUGAUGAUCGGUGCCGAUCCCCGCUCUGACAACUGCCGGUUCUCGGCAGUACUUUCCUCACGAUCUGACGGCGUGAGGAAAGUGCAGCCGAGAACCGGCACUUGCAU